AUGCGUUUUCUAAAGUCACGAAAUAAUGGCACUGCGCCCAAGACUCCGUCAGCCCGUGGACAGGAAAGCAAGUCUGUCAACCCCAAAUAUGACUUUGAAUUCGAAGACCCAAGUCGCGAGACAGAGAAUGACUCGCAUGACUCGCAAAAUGACAGGAACAUCGAGAUGGACCUACUCUUGGCGAGAUUGAGAUCAAGGGCAACAAAGCAACACGUUGGCGACCAGACAACGCGGUACGAGAACGAAGAUCCCAAAGCCAACAAACUGUUCCAAGACGUGCCCGGAUACAAAGAGGGCCUGCGGCCGGAGCUAGAGGGCCAAAAGAAACGCACGAGUCCUUACGCAUGUCCACCAGCCAAUGUCGCGAGAGAACCAGUAAGACCAACCCGACGGAUUGAGGGGGAUGACCCUGCAGCCGAUCAACUCCUCGCAGGUGCGAGCGAGAGGCAAAGGCUAAGCCAACUGGAGGAUGCCCCGGUGCCUGUGUCCAUGGUCAAUGAAGAAAGUCCCAUGAUCAAAUCAGCCCGCGAAAUGAGAGGUCUCGGAUUGUCUGGCAGAAACAGAAAGAAAGGCGAAGAUCCCGCAGCUGAUGCACUGUUCAAAUCCUCGGGAAGGCCCUAG